AGAUGACGCAGUACAUGCCAUUGUUUAGAUCAUGCUCGAGCUUACGAUUAGUAAGUCAGCUUCAUGCUCACCUACUUGUCACCGGUCGUCUCCGUCGUGACCCUCUUCCAGUGACGAAGCUCAUUGAAUCAUACGCUUUCAUGGGUUCUCCAGAUUCGUCUAGGCUCGUCUUUGAAGCUUUUCCUUACCCUGAUUCCUUCAUGUACGGUGUUCUCAUCAAAUGCAACGUCUGGUGUCAUUUACUCGACGCCGCCAUUGAUCUGUACCAUAGGUUGGUUUCGGAGACGACCCAAAUCAGUAAGUUUGUGUUUCCGUCUGUUUUGAGGGCUUGUGCGGGUUCGAGGGAGCAUCUGAGUGUUGGUGGGAAAGUCCAUGGGAGAAUUAUCAAGGGCGGUGUAGACGACGACGCUGUGAUAGAGACGUCUCUGUUGUGUAUGUAUGGUCAAACUGGGAAUUUAAGUGAUGCAGAGAAGGUGUUCGAUGGAAUGCCUGUGAGAGACCUUGUGGCUUGGAGUACUCUUGUUUCUAGCUGUCUCGAGAAUGGUGAGGUGGUGAAAGCAUUGAGGAUGUUUAAGUGUAUGGUGGAUGAUGGUGUUGAGCCCGAUGCUGUGACGAUGAUCAGCGUUGUAGAAGGAUGUGCUGAGCUUGGAUGUUUGAGGAUCGCUAGAUCAGUUCAUGGCCAGAUAACGAGGAAAAUGUUUGAUUUAGAUGAAACAUUAUGCAAUUCUCUGCUUACAAUGUACAGUAAGUGUGGGGAUUUGCUUAGCUCGGAGAGAAUCUUUGAGAAGAUCGCCAAGAAGAAUGCUGUUUCGUGGACAGCCAUGAUUUCUAGUUACAACCGUGGCGAGUUCUCUGAAAAGGCAUUGAGAAGUUUCAGUGAGAUGAUAAAGUCUGGAAUUGAGCCUAAUUUGGUUACCCUUUAUAGUGUUUUGAGCUCUUGUGGUUUGAUAGGGUUGAUUAGAGAAGGUAAGUCGGUCCAUGGUUUUGCAGUUAGACGAGAGCUGGAUCCGAAUUACGAGUCGCUUUCUCUGGCCUUAGUUGAGCUGUACGCUGAAUGCGGGAAACUAAGCGACUGUGAGACAGUUUUACGUGUGGUUAGUGAUAGAAAUAUUGUCGCAUGGAACUCUCUUAUAUCUCUAUAUGCACACAGAGGUAUGGUGAUUCAAGCAUUGGGCUUGUUUAGACAGAUGGUGACACAGAGAAUAAAACCAGACGCAUUCACUUUGGCCAGCUCAAUCUCAGCAUGCGAGAAUGCUGGUUUAGUUCCGCUAGGGAAACAGAUUCACGGACAUGUUAUAAGGACAGAUGUUUCAGAUGAGUUUGUGCAGAACUCGUUGAUAGACAUGUACUCUAAAAGCGGAUCUGUGGAUUCAGCAAGCACAGUGUUUAAUCAAAUCAAGCAUAGGAGCGUUGUGACAUGGAACUCAAUGCUCUGCGGGUUUUCUCAGAAUGGUAACUCUGUAGAGGCAAUUAGCCUCUUCGACUAUAUGUAUCAUAGCUAUCUCGAGAUGAAUGAAGUUACAUUUUUGGCGGUUAUUCAAGCAUGCUCAAGCAUAGGUUCACUGGAGAAAGGGAAAUGGGUUCACCACAAGCUCAUUAUUUCCGGUUUAAAGGAUCUUUUCACUGAUACAGCUCUAAUCGACAUGUAUGCCAAAUGUGGAGAUCUCAACGCAGCUGAAACAGUCUUCAGGGCCAUGUCGAGUAGAAGCAUUGUGUCAUGGAGUAGUAUGAUCAAUGCCUAUGGAAUGCACGGACGGAUAGGAUCCGCCAUAUCUACAUUCAAUCAAAUGGUGGAAUCCGGAACGAAACCUAACGAAGUUGUCUUCAUGAACGUUCUCUCUGCUUGUGGUCACUCUGGUUCCGUUGAAGAAGGUAAGUACUACUUUAACUUGAUGAAAAGUUUUGGCGUAUCACCAAACUCAGAGCAUUUCGCCUGUUUCAUCGACCUUUUGAGCCGUUCUGGUGAUCUCAAAGAAGCAUAUAGAACCAUCAAGGAGAUGCCUUUUCUAGCUGAUGCUUCAGUUUGGGGUUCUCUGGUCAAUGGAUGCAGAAUCCAUCAGAAAAUGGAUAUCAUCAAAGCCAUUAAAAACGAUCUUUCGGAUAUUGUUACAGAUGAUACGGGAUACUACACUCUCUUGUCCAAUAUAUAUGCUGAAGAAGGGGAAUGGGAAGAAUUCAGGAGACUGAGAUCAGCUAUGAAGAGUUCGAAUCUUAAGAAAGUUCCUGGGUACAGCGCGAUUGAGAUUGAUCAAAAAGUUUUCAGAUUUGGAGCUGGUGAAGAAAAUCGUAUCCAAACAGAUGAAAUCUAUAGGUUUCUUGGAAAUUUGCAGAAUCUAACGAAUGAAGAACAUGUCGUAGAUUCUUAG